AUGAGGACGCCCCUCUUUCUCUUUGCCGUCUUCUUCUUUCUGGCCCCAGCCAGGAGUGGAUUUCUCGAGGAGAAAUGCUACAAGCUUAAAGGGAGAUGCGUGGAGUCCUGUCAGAUAAAUGAGGAACUUGUGGGUCUCUGCCGGAAGUCUCUGAAAUGCUGUGUGACACUCCAGGCAUGUUGGAAAAGUAAGGAAAAUGCUUAA